UCUUUGCGUGAAGAAGGAAAUUUGUUUUGUGGCUCUACCAGUGUUACUGCAGAAAAUGACACAUGAUUAAAGAACAGUUGCUUCUUCCCUGCGAUUUACAGGAGCAAAUCUCUCCUGUAUGAGGAAGAGGAAUCUUCAACAGUCUUAGCUGGURCAAUGGGGACUACAAAUGAUGACAUGGCUCUGGUGGAGCAAAAUGCCUCCUUGAACCCUCUGUGCUUUGAGUGUGGCCAGCAGCACUGGACAAGGGAGAACCACUUGUACAACUACCAGAACGAAGUGGACGACGACCUGGUUUGCCACAUUUGCCUUCAGCCCUUGUUGCAGCCGUUGGACACUCCCUGUGGACACACUUUCUGCUACAAGUGCCUAAGGAACUUUCUGCAGGAGAAGGAUUUCUGCCCGCUGGAUCGGAAAAGACUCCAUUUUAAACUCUGCAAAAAAUCCAGCAUUCUCGUUCAUAAACUGCURGACAAGUUGUUUGUUUUAUGCCCCUUUUCUGCGGUGUGUCAGGAGGUGAUGCAGCGAUGUGACCUGGCAGCACAUCUCAAAAACAGGUGUGCGGGCGCUUCCCAUCGGCGGGCGGCGCUGGAGCGGAGGAGGCCGAGCAGGCCGCAGGGCGACGCGGAGGCCGAGGCGGCGCCGGGCGGCGCCGAGCAGCCCAGCCGCCUCUCCCCCGAUUCGGACCCGGGAGCGGCCGAGCAGAGCCCCGCGCCGCCCGCGUGGGCAGAGGAGCCCAGCGUGGACAAUCCCGCCUUUGAGGAGGGCACGGUGGCCGACACAAAUCAACAGCCACCUACCUUGCCUGAAGGAGAGAUCACCACCAUUGAAAUUCAUCGGUCCAAUCCCUACAUUGAAUUAGGAAUUAGCAUAGUGGGUGGCAAUGAGACGCCUUUGAUCAACAUUGUUAUUCAAGAGGUUUAUCGAGAUGGGAUCAUUGCCAGAGAUGGACGACUUCUUGCUGGAGACCAGAUACUUCAAGUCAACAGCUUCGACAUCAGCAACGUGUCGCACAACCGGGCGCGCGCGGCGCUUUCGCAGCCCUGCGCCGUGCUGCAGCUCACGGUGCUGCGCGAGAGGCGCUUCGGGGGCCGCGCGCACGCCCACGCCGAGGGCGGCAGCCCCGCGCGCGACGACAGCUUCCAGGUGACRCUGCACAAGCGCGACUCCAGCGAGCAGCUCGGCAUCAAGCUCGUGCGCAGGACCGACGAGCCGGGCGUCUUCAUCCUCGACCUGCUGGAGGGCGGCUUGGCCGCCCAGGACGGUCGCCUCUGCAGCAACGACCGGGUCCUGGCCAUCAACGGGCACGACCUGAAGCACGGCACGCCCGAGCUUGCUGCUCAGGUUAUCCAGGCCAGUGGGGAGAGAGUGAAUUUGAUCAUCUCCAGACCCAUGAAGUCGCAGACGGUCAGUAUUAUCCGAGACACAGGGACUCAUAACAGCAACCAGCACCAGACCCAGCAGCUGUUUCACAGCAGACCCAACUCACAUAAGGAUCUCUCCCAGUGUGUUACAUGCCAAGAAAAGCACAUUACUGUGAAAAAGGAGCCUCAUGAAUCUCUYGGAAUGACAGUGGCAGGAGGCAGAGGCAGCAAAAGUGGUGAACUGCCCAUCUUUGUUACGAGUGUGCAACCUCAUGGCUGUUUGGCAAGAGAUGGCAGGAUUAAACGAGGUGACGUGUUGCUGACCAUCAAUGGCAUUGAUUUGACUAACCUCAGCCACAGCGAGGCAGUAGCCAUGCUGAAAGCCAGUGCUGCCUCUUCCGUAGUGUCCCUGAAAGCCCUGGAAGUGCAGAUUGUGGAGGAACAGCCCCAGUCUAACGAAGAACAGCUGAGUACUAUCAGCGAGAAUGAAUAUGAUGCCAGUUGGUCGCCCUCAUGGGUCAUGUGGCURGGACUUCCAAGCUGCCUGCAUAGCUGCCACGACGUGGUGCUGCGGCGGAGCAAUCUGGGAAGCUGGGGCUUCAGCAUUGUCGGCGGCUACGAGGAGAACCACACGAACCAGCCCUUCUUCAUUAAAACCAUUGUUCUGGGGACGCCCGCCUACUUUGACGGAAGAUUAAAGUGUGGUGAUAUGAUUGUUGCUGUAAAUGGACUAUCCACAGUCGGAAUGAGCCAUUCUGCACUCGUUCCCAUGCUGAAGGAGCAGAGGAAUAAAGUAACUUUAACAGUGAUUUGCUGGCCUGGAAGCCUCAUAUAGAUCUGUGAACUCGCUUUGGUUCAAGCAGCUUCUUUUCUAGAUAGCUGGCAAAAAAAUCUCCUUUAUUUCUUUUUUCUCCUAUUGAUAUACAGCUGGUUAUAAGCAGGGCCAAAACUGCUGCAUUCACUUUUUUUUCUGUGUUUUCCUUUUUUACUUAUGGGCCUCUCAGCCUCGCCAUAUGUAUCUUUCCAUCCUGAAAUAGCCAUAAUUUCCUAUGUUCAUUGCUGACACAAGUGCAAAUACACACAGGCUCACACCUAUAAAAAUUCCCAUUCCUUUGUGGCUGUCCUUGUGCUUUCUCAGUCAGGUUAUAUUCUUGUAGAGUCAGGAGAAGAACUUAGGGAUACUUUGGGUCUCUCUGAGCACUCCAAAAUCGUGUAUAAUAUUGCGUGUAAUAUAUAAAUAUAAUAACCACGUGCCCACUCUUCACUGAGAAGAUGAUGUGUGUCAGUAACGUAGUGACACAUCUGUAUGCUGCUAUGACUCCAAAUCAGUGUCCAAAGGUAGGCCUUUUCAUUUUGCCCAUUUUUGAUUCAUAUUUUUCAUUUUGCCCAUUUUUGAGUCCUAUUUCAGACUGGUUCAGCGAACCCGUGUUAGCCAUAAGAAAUCAUUCGGUCUCCGGGAUUUUUCUUGCAGGGCAUCAGCAUUCAUAGAAAAGUAGGACGAAAGCCUGAUAUUACUGGAAUUUUUAUAACGUGCAAUAAUGGGACUCUUUGCUAGGAAACUUUAAUAUAUUACAGAGUUUGUAUCCUAUGAUGAAAAGAAAUCUGGAAGUAAUGACCRUUGCAGUGCUGGCAAGAACACACAUGCCCAAGGUCGGCCUUGAGUGAAUGGCUUGCAGUAUUAGACUUGACUUUACAAAUGAAUGUUUUGCUAUGUCAGACAAUUUUGAUGAACGUUUUUACUACAGUCAUUUUUACAAUUUAUAUUCUAGUUGUCAGCUGUCUUUAUUCAUCUGUAGAAACAAUACUUUGGCUUGUACUUUGUAAAUGAGAGAAAUAUUUCCAAGAAAAAAAGAAGCAAGGUAUUAGGAAAGCCUGCGUUGGGGUUUACAGGUGGGCAGGCUGGGAGGAAGGCUCCUUUCAUUCGAGUGCAACUGCAAAGUAAGCUGCAAAGUUCAUUCUUAUGCUGUCACCUCCUGACGAAUGUGCAGAUGCCUUGAUAUAAAAUUCUGAAACUCUCUCUUGCAUUUCAGGAUUGUUUUUUUCCUUUAGAGAGUACCUGCUAUUAAGCUGUCAGUAAGAAUGAUACUAUUUAUCUUUGAUUGUAUUUAGUAUUUUUAAAAGGAAACCUAUAACUUUUAGACUUUGC